AGAACCAAAUCCAAGGCCAGCGCAUUCGUUUGCAAAACAACAAAGUCCUGUCCAGUGUCCUCUCUCUCUUCCUCCCCUUUUUUUCCACUUUUUCAAAACUCCGCCUUUUCUUUUUCUUUUUCACAAAAUGGCCCUUCUUCUUCUUCUUCAUUUUCUAUGUUUGGUUUUGGUCCAGACCCAGAUGGGUUCGUCAGCCAUUAUAAUGAGCUUGAAGAAUCACCAUAGCCACCAGCACCACAGAAGACAGCCCAUGUUCCAGACCAACCAAAGCACUUGUGCAUUGUUCGCCGGGACUUGGGUCAGAGACGAAUCCUACCCUUUGUACCAAUUUUCCGACUGUCCAUUAAUAGACGCUGAGUUCAACUGCCAAAUGUACGGACGUCCCGACACGGAUUAUCUCAAGUAUCGCUGGAGACCCCUCAAUUGUGAGCUUCCAAGGUUCAAUGGGCUUGAGUUUCUGCUGAAAAUGAGAGGGAAAACGGUGAUGUUUGUUGGGGAUUCGCUGGGGAGGAAUCAAUGGGAGUCGUUGAUUUGCAUGGUUUCUGAUUCGGUGCGUGGAGCUCAGACGCAGAUGAUCAGAGGGGAUCCUCUCUCCACCUUUAAGUUCUUGGAUUACGGUGUGUCACUUUCAUUCUACCGAGCCCCAUACUUGGUGGACAUUGAUGUGGCUCAAGGGAGGAGAAUUCUAAGGCUGGAUGAAAUCUCCGGCAACGGCAAUGCGUGGCGCGGCGCCGACGUGCUGUCUUUCAACACCGGCCACUGGUGGACCCACAAAGGAUCUCUCCAAGGGUGGGACUACAUGGAAUCAGGAGGGCAGUAUUACCAAGAUAUGGAUCGUGUGGCUGCUUUGGAGAAGGGGCUAAGAACAUGGGCCAAUUGGGUUGACGCCAACAUUGACAGAACUAAAACUAGAGUCUUCUUUCUCUCUAUUUCUCCUACACAUUACAACCCAAAUGAGUGGAACGCUGGGGCAACGACAACGACCACAAAGAACUGUUAUGGCGAGACCUCACCAAUGAGCGGCGCUUCGACAUACCCCAUGGGGGCCUACCCGGAGCAAAUGAGGGUGGUGGACACUGUGAUAAGGGACAUGCAAAGCCCUGCAUAUUUGCUUGACAUAACUAUGCUUUCGGAGCUCAGAAAAGAUGGGCAUCCUUCAAUAUAUAGUGGAGAUUUGAGCCCUGAGCAGAGGUCUAACCCCGCACGCUCGGCGGAUUGUAGCCAUUGGUGUCUUCCUGGAUUGCCUGAUACUUGGAACCAACUAUUUUAUACUUCUCUGUUUUUCUAGUUUAUUAUUGUUUAGUGUUUGCCUAACAGAGUUACAUUAUUUCAGAUUAAGAUUUCUCAUUUUAGUGCUACGAUUUGUGAGGGGUGAAAAAAUUGCACCUCCUCUCUCUUGUAAAGUGAUACAAUUAUGUAAUGUAUUGGUAUUGUUUAAAUGGAAGUAUUACAGUUUCCUGGUUA